AUGGCGAGCAGUGCAGAGUUGGCCCAGGAGGCAAAGACGAAAGGAAAUGCGGCAUUUCAAUCCGGCGACUUCAACGCUGCCGUUAGACACUUUACAGAGGCAAUUGGGCAUAGCCCAUCAGAUGCGGUGCUAUACUCUAACAGAUCUGGCGCUUAUGCCAGUCUCAAGCAGUUCGAGAAUGCUCUGAAGGACGCCGAUAUGUGCAUACAGCUGAAACCCGAUUGGGCGAAGGGCUAUUCUCGCAAGGGUCUUGCUGAAUUCAACUUGGGACAGCUACGCGAGGCCGAGGCAACAUAUACUAAGGGUCUCGCCCUGGACCCAAACAACCAGACACUGCAGGCAGCACUGAACGAAGUCAAGCAGAGUGAAGCCUCCAUGCGGGAAAUGCAAGCCAUGAUGGCUGCGACGCAAGCUGUCCGCUCCCAUCCCAGACUUCAAAAAUACAGUCAAGAAGAUCCCGAGUACUUACAGAAACUUAUUUCUCUGAUCGGACAGAUCCAGGCAAACCCAAACAACCUAAGGCUUAUCCUAGCACAGCCAGAUGUGCGGAUCCGUGAGGGGAUAACUGUGGCUCUAGGGGGCACUCUGGAGGAAGAAGAAGCGCCCCCUGCCCGGUCGCCGCCCCCCCCAUCAGCCUCUCACGCUUCUCAAGCGCCCGCAAAGGAACUGACAGAGGAGCAAAAGCAGGCAGAAGAAAAGAAGAAGGAGGGAAAUGCCUUGUACAAGGCAAGGAAGUUUGAAGAGGCCCUCAAAGCUUACGACGAGGCCAUUGCCCUGGAUCCUAACGAGCUCUUAUAUCUCAAUAACAAAGCAGCGGUCUACAUGGAACUACGGGAUUACGAUGCGUGUAUCGCUGAGUGCAACAAGGCGCUGGAAAGGCGGUACGAAGUGAAGGCAGAUUACGAAGUGGUGGCAAAGGUUUACAAUCGCAUGGCCGCGUGCUAUACGCGCCAGAAGGACUAUGGAAAAGCAAUCGAGAUGUAUGAAAAGUCGCUCUGUGAAGCGAACAACCGGCAAACGAGGGCUGCCCUGGCGGAUGUAAAGAGGCUGAAAGACAAGGCAGAUAGGGAGGCGUACAUUGAUCCCGAGAAGGCAGAGGAACAUCGGCAAAAGGGAAAUGAUUUCUUUAAGAACAACGAUUUCCCGAACGCAAAGAAGGAAUACGACGAAGCUAUCCUGCGGAAUCCAAAGGACGCAAAACUAUACAGCAACCGCGCGGCAGCCCUUACAAAAUUGUUUGAGUAUCCUUCAGCCCUGAAGGACUGUGAAACGGCCAUCAGCCUUGACCCUUCCUUCGUGAAGGCGUGGAGCAGGAAAGGCACGCUGCAUUUCCUGCUGAAGGAAUACGCGAAGGCCAUGGAGGCUUUUGACAGAGGCCUCGCCGUCGAUCCAAAUAGCAAAGAAUGCAUGGACGGCAAGAUGCAAGUUGUGCGGAAAGUGCAGCAGCAGCAGCAGUCGGGCGAGGUGGACGAGGAGCAGAUGAGGCAUGCCAUGGCGGACCCCGAAAUACAACAAAUCUUAAGGGACCCACAAAUGAGCAUUGUGCUGCAAAAUGCCCAGGAAAAUCCAGCACUGUUGAAAGACUAUUUGCAAGACCCUAAGAUCAGGGACGGCAUAAACAAGCUUAUAACGGCCGGCAUCCUAAGGGUGGCAUGA